AUGGCACCUCGCUCAGACAAAGCAAAGGCAUCUGGCAGCACCUCCAGCCAAACCGCAACGUCUUCGCCUGGUAGCAAGCCAGCGGGCAUCUCCAAGGCCAAGGCCAAGGCUGCGCCGUCUUCGACCGGAUACUCUGCCAAUCAUCUUAAGUACUUCGUCAUCAUCACGGAAUCCACGGGCCUUGACCUAGUCGACCUUAUUCCAGCUGCAAAUCUCCCACCCAGCAUGCUCGAUAACCCCUUCGACGUGCCCCUUACAUUCGCUCGCUACGCGGCUGGGCUUGCCCGUAGGACAGGACGCAACAUCGAGAGAUUCCGUGGCCACCUCCAGCAGUCCAUUCGGGCGCGCUCGGAAGAUGCCGAUCCACAGGCUCGUGUGUCAGACUUUCGCAUGGCAUAUGUGCGCCUCGUUGUGCAAGACUUGUACUAUGAGGGAAUCGCCGACGGUAUGCAAGCUAUGGAAGCUAUCAUGAACGGAGUCUACGACCCUCUUAUGGAACGCUACGAUUAG